CAGUUAUGCACAGUCGGAAAUGGGUUAGAAAACAGUCGUAACCUUGCAUCAUUAAGUCAAAAUUCAUUUCACAGUCUGAGUAUUUGGUAAGAAAUGGAUGUUGGACUUAGAGUGGUUCGAGGCCCAGAUUGGAAAUGGGGCAAUCAAGAUGGUGGUGAUGGAAAUAUUGGAACUGUUGUAGAAAUUGGUAAACUUGGAAGCCCAUCAAGUCCUGAUAAAACAGUAGUUGUUCAGUGGGAUGCUGGAGCUAGGACAAAUUAUCGUGUUGGUUAUCAAGGAGCUUAUGACUUAAGGGUAUGUGAUAAUGCCACUGUUGGUGUGAAGUUUCAAAACAUUGUAUGUGAUGGAUGCAAGUGCCAAGGAAUCUCAGGAAUGAGAUGGAAGUGCCAAUUGUGCAAAGAUUUUGACUUGUGCACAUCUUGUUUUAUGGAAGAUAAACAUGAUCUGGCUCACCCAUUCUCACGCUACGAAAAUUCAUCUUCUUUUGGUGUUGCAUUGGAAAAACGACAAAAUAUGUCUAAAGUUCAGGUCAAAGGUAUAUUCGUAGGGGCCAAAGUCGUCCGAGGUCCUGAUUGGGAUUGGGGAAAUCAGGAUGGCGGGGAAGGGAAAAUUGGAAGAGUCGUCGAUGUUCGCGGUUGGGAUAAUGAAUCUGGUCGCAGUGUUGCCAACGUAGCUUGGGCUUCCUCCGGCUCAACGAAUGUUUAUCGUCUCGGACACAAGGGUAAAGUGGAUCUCAAGUUGGUCCAUGCUGCAGUUGGUGGAUUUUACUAUCGGGAAGCCCUUCCAGUUUUGGGGUUAUCCAGCGAUUCCGCGAGUAGAACUCCGCGGGGUCCUGGCUCACCUGGUGGUGUCCCUGCGUUCAGCGUAGGUGACAAAGUCAAAGUCACCGUUGACGCCGAUCGACUUCGAGAAAUGCAAGAAGGUCACGGAGGAUGGAACCCGCGCAUGGCAGAGUGUAUAGGACACGUCGGAACGGUUCAUCGUGUCACUGAACGAGGAGAUAUUCGAGUUCAAUUCGAUGGCAGCAAUCAACGUUGGACUUUCCAUCCGCGAGCCAUUUAUCGUUUAUCUGCUUUUUCCGUUGGCGAUGCAGUAAGGUUGACGGAUGACAUAGCUCAUGUGAAACUACUGCAGCGAGGCCAUGGAGAGUGGGUGGAUGUAAUGCGGUCGGCUCUGGGGAAAAUCGGAAAGGUGACCAAAGUAUAUGACGACGGUGAUCUAAGAGUUACAGUUGAUGGGCAGACGUGGACACUGAAUCCUUUGUGUCUCACUCCUUUACCCGGUUCGGCGACCGAACUGCACAACACCAUGGCUGCAAGCAUUCGACAGGAACAUAUAAAUCCGCUGGCUUCGUUGCUCUCUCACCUGCUUGUAAGUGGCCCUAAGCAGCCGUUGCAGUUGUCCCCUCUCUCGCAGCCGUCACAACAACCAGGGACGUUUAGCGAAGGCACCGUGGCUGAUCGGCUUGUAAGAGCGGCCGCUCAAGGCCAAUUUAAUAUUUUCGAACAGCUCUUGCUACAGCAUCCUGAUAAAGCCGAUGCCAAAAGCAGUGGGAAGACUUGCCUUCAGGUUGCGUCUCACCAGGGCCACACUGAACUCGUUGGAUUGCUACUGUCCAAGAUGGCAUCGAUGGAGAUUGCUGACGAUGACGGUGAUACAGCAUUACAUUAUGCUGCUUUUGGCAAUCAGCCCGAGGUUAUGGAAUUGCUCAUAAAAAAAGGCGCUGUUAUUGACAGUACAAACCGUGGCCGAUGUACUCCGUUGCAUGUGGCCGUCAACAAGCAAUUUCCCAGUUGUGUUCAAAUGCUUCUCAAAUACGGAUGUGACGUCAAUGUUCAAGAUUCGUACGGAGAUACUGCUCUGCACGAUGCCAUAGGCAAGGAAAAUGCUGACAUUAUCGAAGCUUUGGCUUCGGCAUCAGCCGUUGACUUCACUCUGAGAAACAAGCGAGGUUUCAACGUUCUUCAUCAUGCAGCUCUCAAAGGCAAUUACUUUGCUGCUGAGCGCAUUCUAAUGCGCAGUCGGCAACUUGUCGACGUGAAAAAGGAUGAUGGAUUCGCCGCCCUUCACCUAGCUAGUUUAAAUGGACAUGUUCAGAUGGGAAAACUAUUAUUGGAUCUCGGGCAGUGCUCUGUGGAUACUUUAAACAAUAGAAGACAGACACCACUACUCUUAGCUGUGUCUCAAGGACAUGCUUCUCUUGUCGAGCUUUUAGUGGAAGCCGGCGCGGAUGUAACGGCUGCCGAUGAAGACGGUGAUACCGGAAUCCACGUUGCCUGUCUCAAGUUGCAUUCUCUUCAAGGAGAAGCCAGUCGCACCUUGUCACCCAACAUUUUUAAUAUCCAGCAGUCGUUACAUUCGAACGGUCGAAAUCCAAAUCACACCCUAGCGCUUGCAAUCGCCUGUUAUUUGGUGCAACUUGGAUGUAAUCCGGAAGCCCGGAAUCGCCGGAACAAAACGUGUGCCGACCUCAUUGCCGACGUAUCUGUUUGGGAAACUUUGGUAAGCCACGUUCAUCACCGCCCAUCCCUCUCUCCCCCGUUGGUUGUCGGGGAAGUGGCUACCGAUUGCGAUUCUAUGGUUUGUCCGGUUGAGACAAAAGACAAGGCUGCCUCAACCGUUCAACCAUCACCUCCGUCCAGCGGAUUGGAAUGCAUUGUCUGUUACGAAAGUCCACCCACCGUUCGGUUUGAGCCUUGUGGGCAUAUCGUCACUUGUUUUGAUUGUGCUCUACGGAUGAAAAAAUGUUUGAAAUGUCACAUUGUGAUCGCUCUCAAAUCAAAUUCAGACGGAACUCCAAUAUUAUGUCCAUCGUCUCAACCUAGUGAAGAUAGGUUAAGAUAUUUGGAAUCUCGUAUUGCUGAGAUAGAGGAAACUUACACUUGUUCCAUUUGUAUGGAACGCCGAAGAAAUGUGGCAUUCCUUUGUGGCCAUGGAGCGUGUGACAGCUGCUCGCAAACUUUACGUACUUGUCAUAUGUGCCGUAAAUUGAUAGCUCGUAAAAUUAAUCUGUACUGAACAGAGAACAGGCAGGAAUUGCAAAGUCGAAGUCAAAUUAUAUCUAAAUGGGUCAGCUACCACUUACUUGUAUAAAGUAAUAAGGCAAUCUUUUACUCUAACCUUUCUCCGUUUCACAUUUAAAAAAAAAUACGUGGUAACUUGGCUUUACAAACUGCAAAAAUGGGUCGUCGAAAUCGCGCCUCCUGCACACUUAUCAACGCACUUCAUUGUGUCAAUUUUAAUAUGUAGUCUUUGUUUUUCGUGUACUGUUUUCGGGUUGUAUUUGAGAAUUCGUUGUGCCUUAACCGUUCUACAACAGGCUGACAAUUAUUUCAGAUCUGAAGCCACACGGUACUUAAUUAUUAUUUUGUAAAUUUAAAUAUGUUGUCAAACUAUAAAGUGGCGUGAUACAAAAAUAGUAUGGAUGUAUGAUUUUGUUUGGUGUUUAGUACAAUUCGUACCAUCUUU